AUGGGAGACUCUUCAGAUUCUGAAAUAGAAUUUUGUCAGAAUAAUAACAACAGAGCUUUGAAUGAUGAAAGGCAAGGUGAUGAAGAGCCACAUCCUCAUAUUGAAACUGAAAGAGCUGAUUCUCCAUUGGAUGAGUAUGACACAAAUGAUGAAGAACCGCUCGCAGGUCAAGACCGAAGUCCCCCUUCAAGGGGAUAUGAAGAUGAUUUGAAUGUACAAAGAAUGGCACAAGCGAUGAAAUUUGUACAAGCAGAACUGGAAGGAAACAAGGAGACAAAAUCUACUGAUAUAAAAGAGGAGGAUUUUGAUGCAAAUGCAGCUGAAUAUAUGUUUGGAUCAUAUAUUGAGGAAGAUAUUGAAAUUUAUAAGGAAGACCCUUCUUUUGCAAUAAAUAAGGAACAAUCCAGAAUUCAUUAUAUGAAAAAAAUUCUUCGCAAAAAAAAUCAUUCAAGAGGUGAACGAAUGUAUAUUUCAUACUUGGACUUUGCUGGUCAGUCGACAUAUUAUUCAACGCACCAAGUAUUCAUGUCUCCGUCAGCUGUCUAUGUCCUCGUUGUUGAUCUAAGUGUUGACUUCAAUAAAAAGAUAUCAGACCGUUUGAACUUUCGUACAGGAAUAAUUAAAGACUGUAGCGUAGCAGAAUCACUUAUGUUUUGGAUAUCUUCAAUCAAAGCAUUCACAUCGGACAUAAAAGGGGGGAGAGCUCCUGUGCUCGUCGUCGGUACAUAUAUUGACAAAGUGAAGCUGAAGGCAGUUAAGAAAAAUAGAGAUCCCGAAAAAAUCAUUAGUCAGAAAUUUGAUGAGGUCCGAGAAAUUUUGAAAAUGUCUGAGAUAGAAUGUAUAGCAAUAAAUAAUGCAGACCCAGACACCUCUGAUCUUGUCGCCUUGAAAAACAGAAUUCUAGAGUUAGGCCUUGGUGUUAUUGAUGAAGAAAUCCCAGCGCAAUGGAUUGACUUAGAGCAUAGAAUUCAAGAACAGAAGAUUAGAGGGACCGCUAUAAUGACAUUUAGUGAUCUUAAAGUUCUCGAUGAAGAUAUGGAUGUUCCAAUGAAAGACAAUGCCAGGCUUGAAGCAUUCCUAGGUCAUCAGCAUAAUCGUGGGCAUCUAAUAUAUUUUCUACACGACGAUCUAAGGGAUUUGAUCAUCCUGGAACCUGAUGUUUUAGCAAAAUUCCUCAACAACUUAAUGAGGAGUAGAGAUAGUGAUGACCAAAGAGGCCUGAAGCAGCAUACUUCAAUGUACAAUCACAAUGGCAUAAUCAAUCGAAAUUAUGUGACUGAAACGGCAAAAAUGAUGACAGAAAAUGUGGAAAUGAAAGACAAUGUUGAUAAAUUGUUAAACAUGUUAAUUCAUCUGUCUGUUAUCAGACCGUAUCAAUUAGAAAAUGGUGAUGAAAGAUUUUUAUUGCCAUGCUUACUACCACAUAGAUCUGUGAACCAAUUGAGAAUAGAAUGUAAGAAGAAAAGAAAUCUUCAGGUAGUUUUUCCAAACAACCACAUGCCGCCUACUUUUUAUCAUAUUCUUGUCGGUGGACUUUUGGAUGAAUGGAACCCUGUCCAAAGAAAUGUUGAUGCACCGGAAAUCUACAAUUUGUAUGCAUGCUUUCAACUUGGCAGAGAGACGCAUCAAAUGGAAAUCUAUUGGAAAGAAUCACGCAUAUACAUUGAUCUAUUGAAUUAUUCUACAAGGGAAACACUGACAGCAGACAAAAUCUUCAAAAUCCUUGAAAUUGUAGAGAAAAGGAUUGAACAAAUAUUUCGUGUGUACAGACAUACAAACAAAAACUACGAAAUAAGAAUCUCGUGUCCAAAACACAAAGAUUCGUUUGCUUCAGUCUCUACAUUGAGAAAUGAUGGUGAAGCAAUGUGUUACAACGCAAAUGGCACGCAUUCAGUUGCGUUUGAAGAAGUCUUUGGCGAGAAAUUAUCUAAAAAGGUUUGUUUGAUUAGAUGUUACCUACCCUAUAGUACUACAUAUAUUGAUUGGUUAGCAAAUACAUUCACGUGA